UUCCUUUUUUAAUUCAUAGAAAAAUAUUGAGUAUCAUUGGUGAACGUGGUAAGAAGAAGAAGAAGAUUAUAAAGGUAAGCAACUACUUCCAGUCCAGACUUUCUCCAACCACAACAAUCAAUUCUCAACAGCAGCCCAAAACUCCCAUUCCCACCACAUUUUCUUAGUUUACCAUCAAAACUUAAAGACUAAUCCAAGAUUGAAACUUAGUUGAUGAUGAAAUGAGGUUGCUCAAUGAACCCUGUUUUGAACAAAAAGAGAGGAAUAAGUGAAAAGGAAAAAGGAGAGGGAAACCAAUUCGAACCAUACAUUUCAUUUUCUUUCACCAUUUGAAAACUCUCAAAAGUGAGAAGAAAGCAAAAGAGAAAACGGGACCAUAUCCACAACUUUAACAACGGAUUCGUUUAAGAUAGCCUUGGUAAGAAAGAUGGCAAGUUCGGCAUCGUAUGAGAAUUUUGAGUUUUAUCAUGCAUCGCCUUCUUCGGCAUCGACGCCGUCAGCUACGGAUACGAGUGGGUUUUCUGUUCGGAGUGACCAAGAUUCGUUUGCGUACUGUCGGACGAACUCUGAAAUGUCGUCCGUGUUUACGGAGGAGAGUGUGUAUCAUGAUCCAUCGUCUCCUUUGGCGAAAUCAGGUGGUAAAGGGCUGCCCUUGUGCCAGGCGUCACCCACGAGAUUAGGAAUGAAACAGUAUUAUAGCCAUGUCGGAGAUGAACCUGAUGCUGAACCAGAAAUAGAUGAUAUUGAUCUUGUUGCAGAAUUAGACAUGAUGAGGGAGAAGUAUUCAAAGCUAUUGCUGGGUGAAGACAUGUCAGGAGGCGGAAAGGGUGUCUGCUCCGCGGUCGCCCUUUCGAAUUCCAUAACGAAUCUCUACGCAACUGUUUUUGGCCAGACUUUGAGGUUAGCACCUCUACCAGCUGAGAAGAAGUCGAUGUGGAAACGAGAAAUGGACUGGCUUCUAUCUGUUUGUGAUUACAUUGUAGAGUUUGUCCCUGCUACUGAGACCUUUAAAGACGGAACACCUUUAGAGGUGAUGACAAGCAGACUUAGAUCAGACAUUUACAUGAGCCUUCCUGCACUAAAAAAGCUUGACAACAUGCUACUUCAGGAUAUAUUGGACAGUUUCAGGGAUACAGAGUUUUGGUAUGCAGAGCAAGGAAGCAUGUCAAAAGAUGCAAAUACUAAAUCAGGGUCAUUCAGGAAAAUUGUAAGUCUAAGGACGGAGGAAAAAUGGUGGUUACCAGUACCCUGCGUUCCUGCUGGUGGGAUCUCUGAGAAAGCAAGAAAACAUUUGCAACAAAAACGUGACAACGCGAAUCAAAUUCACAAAGCGGCCAUGGCCAUAAACAAUUCUAUUCUCGGUGAAAUGGAAGUUCCAGAGGCAUAUAUGUCAAGUCUUCCGAAGAGUGGCAAAGCAUGUCUGGGUGAUUCAAUUUACCGUCACAUAACUGGUGCAGAUAAAUUUGUCCCCGAGUACCUACUUGAUAACUUGAACAUAGGUUCUGAGCACGAGGCACUUGAACUUGCAGACAAGGUUGAGGCUUCAAUAUACAUAUGGAAGCGCAAGGUAUGCAUAAGCAGCAUGCCUAAUUCGAAAUCCACAUGGAACCUCAAAGAUCUAGUGAAUGAUAAAGAGGGCGACAAGAAUCAUAUCCUAGCGGGUAGAGCUGAGAGUUUAUUAUUGUGCCUGAAGCAGAGAUACCCUGGACUAUCACAAACAACCUUGGAUACAACAAAGAUUCAAGAUAACAAGGAUGUUGGGCAAGGAAUUCUAGAGAGCUACUCAAGGGUUUUGGAAGGUCUAGCAUUCAACGUUGUUUCUUGGGUAGACGAUGUUCUAUACGUCGAUGAUCAGCAAAAAAACAAAGUCCUUAGUAUUUAGAGAGAAGUUGAAAUCCAACUUCCCAUCUAGAGCCAAUAUUUUUUCUUUGCGGCAUUCCCUGAACAGUUUAACAUAGUAGUAAUUCAGAAGAGAGCUACCUGAGUAUGUUAGAAACCGGGAUGGUAUGUGAAAAUACUGAAAUUGAUUGUAUUUGUGAGUUGUCAGAUCGACAGCAUUUCGGGGAAACCCCAUUAAUCCUAUGAUUGUACAUUAACAAGUAACUGUAUGACAGACACAAAAUGUGAACCCCUACCGUUCAUUCGAGUUUCUACAUCUAGUUAACAAUACAAGCAAGAUUAUGUUCAUUCGUUCACAGUAUACAGUUUGGUGCAACAAUUAUAUAUACGAAACUUGUCUUUCUUUCAACUAUCAAACCUUAAUCAAAAGGGGCCAUUUCAAUUCAUUGUGAAACAACACAAUUCCCCGAAAAAGGGUUAUUUUCGAUAGGAUGCAUUACACUACCGAAGGAAUCCAAAUUAAGCGCAAAACUAUGAUAAUAACAUCCCUAAUAAACAAGACAAACAAUUUGGUUAUAAUUGUAAGAAAAAUGUUCACCAUUGUUAUCAUGUUCCUCCAGUCCAGUGGUCGUUGAGCAGCUUCAUUGAGAAUGUGGUGCAGAAUC